AUGUGUCUCGAGGCAGUGAUUCAACUCCAGCGCUGUUGGCGGCGCACUCUCCGACGACGUGUUGAAGCUGCGAUUCACAUUCAGUAUUGGUGGCGUGUUCGAUGUCACAUUCCCCGUCAACGCGCGCUCCAGAUUCGUGCUGCUGCCCGCAUUCAAGCGGCUUGGCGUGGAUUCCAAACGCGGCGAUGUUUGACUCAGUUAGCCGCAAUCAAACGUGAUUCCGUUCGACCUGAUGGUGCUGGCACAGGUCGCACUGUGCCGCCUGUUAAGGCCUCCCAUGAGCGGGUUGACCCGAUCAUAGCUAAGCGUCUCAUCGACAUCCGAGCUCGCUUGCACAAAGCCUCACAAGCAGCUCUGUCAGGUCAAUGUUUGGCUUCACGCGCGUCCCGUGCAAUUGAAUGUAUCCUACACUCGAGAUCUGUUUCACAGGUUUUCGAUGCAAUCAAAUGUUUGGAGCUUUGCACUCGACUUUCCGGGGAAGUUUGCUAUUGGACCGUCGGUGUUGAUCGUUGCCACAAUCGGAUACCCACUAAGCAGUUUGGUGUCGUGGGGGUUCCCGAAAAUCCGUGCUUGCAUCUCAUAUUCUUGCAUCUGAUUCAAGGUUGCAACCGCUCAAUUCCACACGAGGAUAUUUUGCUCAGUGUUGCAGGCACACUUCUCAACCUCGCUCGUCACCGACCUUUGGCCGAAUCUGUUCACCUUUGGUGGACUGUUCCCACCGCAGACCCGGACGGUGCGGACCCCAGACGAUGGAUCUCGCCCGCACUACUCGAUUGUCCUCCUCGGCUAGACCGAUCCGAGAGUUUGAAUCGCCACCCAAUUCGAGCUUGUGGAGGCCAGUCUACAUGUUCGGAGCUGGGCGUUGCUCAGUCAUCAACGCGAAGACGAGACUGCAGUGUUGGAUCCGUAGUUGAGUCAAAUCGAAGUGCUGCACCAAUCCAAACCAGUAUGGUCGAGGCUUUAAUGGGCAUUCUUUUACGCACUUGUCGCGCGCGGCCAGGGACUCCAGGUGUAAAGCUGUUCACUCGAGUGUGCUGCGUCUUAUCAAUUUUAUGCGAAGCCAUACCGCCAGUUUUGGUUCCUACGGGCUCACUUAUCCCUGUUUGCGAACAACUUUCGGACUGCUUGGCUCGACGCAGCUCCGGACGUAGUAGCCGGCAUUUGCAUUUGAGUGCUACUCAGGAACGCUCACUUAACACGCGUUCACAUUCCGCAGUCGUCCGGGAACAGGUCAAUUCGUUGACUCAUGGAACACUGCUGCAUUCACAAUUACGUAACUUGCUAAGUUAUGAAUUGGAUUGGCAUCUAUAUCCAACCAAGACUCGACCGGAUCCAUUGGUUGCUGUGGACUAUUUCCUUCUCACAUUGUUACUCAAAGCCCGAGAACGCUGA